UUAACACUAAUGCAGCAGAUAUUCCGCUACGCCCGAUGGUUUGGAAUCGCAGGGACCAGUAAAUAUUACUGGAAGCUAUGGGGUAUUGUACUGCUAAUUUGUCUAACUGUAGUCGAGAUCGGAUCCAUAUGGAAAGUAGUAAAGGCACUCGCAGGCUGGGCGGUUAGCACAACAGGACAUAGAAGCGUGACAGCGCGGUUGGCGGGGGCAACACUAUACGCCAAUGCUGUACUGUCUCUCAUAUUGACUUGGAGAAUAUCAAGUUCUUGGGGAAAGAUAGCUGAUUACUGGAUAAUAAUAGAGCGUGCUAUAAUAGCUCGAAUACCUAGAGAUGAAUACUUAGACAAGAAGAUGAUUGCUGUCGGAUUGUUUUUUAUUAUUUGUGGUUUAGCUGAACACACAAUGAGCGUGCUAGCAGUAGUUGGAUUGGAUUGUCCGCCUUCACAUUUGCUGAAGAGAUACAUACUAGUGUCUCAUGGAUUCUUGUUACAACCGAAUGAUUAUUCAACUUCAGUUGCGAUGUCAUUAAUUGUACUAAGUACAGUUGCGACCAUUUUGUGGAACUUUCAAGAUAUGCUAUUGGUUCUUAUAACAUUGGGAUUAGCAUCGAGAUAUCGUAGAAUAAAUUCUUAUGUUGCAAGUUAUUGUACCAAGAAUGAGAAAGAAACUGACUCUAAGAAUUUAGAUACAGUUGAAAUAUUUACGUGGCGUAAAAUAAGAGAGGCGUACGUAAAGCAAGCGACGCUCGUAAGGAAAGUGAACGACAAAGUCGGACCUUUAAUACUGCUAUCAAACUCUUGUAAUUUCUACUUCACGUGCUUGCAGUUGUUUUUGGGGAUAACUCAGGGAAUGACAGAUACUGGCUUAACACAAAUGUAUUACUUGUCAUCGUUUAUUUGGCUGUGUCUUCGGACCACGUUGGUUGUUCUCUCCGCCGCCGAUGUCAAUGUUAGCUCUAAAGGUGCACUGCCCUAUAUUUAUGAGUAUCCCACAAAAGAGUAUAAUUUAGAGAUCGAAAGGCUUCAAUAUCAAUUAAGUAAAGACUACGUCGCUUUAAGUGGAAUGGGUUUCUUUUUUCUAACCAAAUCGCUGCUUUUACAGAUGGCAGGCGCAGUGGUCACAUACGAAUUGGUGCUAAUACAGUUUGAUGACACCGAUCACAACUCUACAGAUACGAUAAAUGCUACAAUGAUAUAA